AUGGAGAAAAGCACCAGCUACGAAGCGCAAACUGACUACGAUGCCAUCAUCAUCGGUGGCGGUGUGUCUGGAAUCACUUCUGCGAUUCGCCUUAAGACGGAACUGGGUCUUUCUCGUGUUCUGAUCAUCGAAAAGGCACUUGCCUUUGGUGGUACUUGGAAUGCCAAUACGUACCCUGGCUGUGCUUGCGACGUUCCCACGCGUCUCUACUCGAUCAGUACCGAGCAACAGCGCACCUGGUCAAGCUUAUAUGCCCCGCAAACCGAGAUCAAGGACUACUUGAACAAUGUGGCCCACAAACAUAACUUGCACGACCACACCCUGUUCGGCUAUGUCGGGAAACGAGCAACCUUCCACGCACCUAGUGGCACGUGGCACGUCGAAGCCCAGAGUGCCAGUGGCGAGAAGGCUACGUGGUCCGGUACGGCACGAGUGCUGGUCAGUGGCAUGGGUGCCUUGUCUAUUCCUAAGAAAUGCGACGUCCCGGGUGCCUCGGAAUUCAAAGGAGCGCUCUUCCAUUCUGCUCAGUGGGACCCGACCGUUUCCAUCGAAGGCAAACGAGUCGUGAUCCUUGGUAAUGGUUGCAGCUCGACGCAAGUUAUCGGCGCGAUCGCACCCAAAGUGGCGCAAAUCACCCAAAUCGUGCGUUCAAAGCACUGGGUCUCGCCUUUCCCCAAGGACCUCUUCAAGCGCUUCGCGGCUCUCCAGCGGUACGUGCCAGGAUGGACCCAGCUGGAACGGUUCAACCUAGCGAUGUACAUGGAGUCGCACUUCAUCCAGUCGGACAGAUGCUAUGGCCGCGGGUCUCGAAAGCGAUACGUCGAGACUUGCCAGCGCUAUGUUCGCGAAUGUGCUCCUCGCGAGUAUCACGACAUGCUUCUGCCCGAUCCGACGCAGAUCCAAGUCGCCUGCAAACGGCGCAUCUUUGACAACGGAUACAUUCCCGCGCUGUGUCGAAAGAAUGUCGAGCUGACCACUGACCAGGCCGUGCGCAUCACCGAAGAAUCGGUGAUCCUUGCUUCUGGACGCGAGGUCAAGGCCGACGUCAUUGUGCUCGCCACGGGCUUCAACCCAGACAAGUACAUCCUGCAGAUGGACAUCGUGGGCGCGGACGGGACAUCACUCGAGCAGUACUGGGCCGAGCGCGGUGUACCGCAAGCCUAUCGCAGCACGCUUGUAUACGGCUUUCCGAACCUGUUCCUCAUCUGGGGGCCCAACUCGGUGACAGGCCACUUUUCGGCCAUCUGGUCGAUCGAGGCCGCAGUGCGUCUCAUGACGCUGCUGCUUCGUCCCGUCUUCUCUCCGCGCGCGCUGGCGUCGGCUACGGUCUGCGCGUCCAGCCGCGCGGAAGAAAAGGAGCAGCGGUACAUCCACCAGCGCAUGCAGACCAAGAUCUACACGACCGGUUGUGGUGCAUGGUACACCGACCCCGAGACCGGCAAGGUGACCGCGCUUGCGCCUUGCCUCCAGCACACGUUCCAGCGUCGCUGCCGAAACCCGGUACUGGCGGACAUCGAAUACAAGGGCAUCGAGGGCAAGCCGGCAUCAUACAUGCCUCUCAAGACUCGUUUGGGCAUGGCUCUGGGCCGCGGCCAGAUUCCGAACCCGGACAAGCCGCAAGGCGCGCUGCAGAAGGCAAAGGAUGCGAUCGGCAGUCGAACACUUCAGGCUGCCUCGUGGGUGUUUGACCAAGUCGUGCCGUGGGACUUCCCUGAGCCGUACAACCGUGAUUUGUAG